UUAUACCUUCAUUUUUUGAUCUAUAAUAAUAGUCAAGACCAAGGUACUCACAAUUUCAGAAGAUUCUGAUACCAGAGAUUAAAAGGGGAAAAAAUAGGGAAUGAAGGAAAGACAGGAGUAUGGAGAAAAAAAAGGAGAUGAGGGGAAGAAUUCCAAACUAAUGGGAUUUCUCUUCUCCUUAUACCCUCCACAAAAGCUAAAAAAAAAUGAAAAGGCCCAGCAUGGCAAUAAUCCAUUUUGUACUUCAUCUUGGUUUUCAAGGGAUGGCUGCGCUCAGGAGAAAGCUAACUGUAGUCGGAGAUGACCGCAGUGGUAAGACAUGCCUCCUCUUUGCUCUGCGUCAUGAACAGCUUCCUGAGUCCUACGAGCCAACUAUCUUUGAUGCUUACAGCACUGACACGGAGGUGGACGGGAAGGACAUGAAACUAAUUCUCUGCGAUGUGGCAGGGAAGAAUGAAUUCAGCUACCGAAAUCUCCGCUCAGUGUUCUACAGGGACACCGAUGUUAUUUUAAUGUGCUUUUCCGUGGACAGGCCUGACUCCCUGCAAAACAUCCUUGAUUUUUGGGUUCCAGAAAUCAAAAUGUUCUGCCCCACAGUACCUGUUAUUCUGGUGGCUACCAAGAUAGAACUAAGGGGUGAUGAAAGCAUUACAAAGAAACUAACUACUCCAGGCAACGAGUCAAUUAACACUACAGAAGGAAAAGCUUUAGCUGCCAGCAUUGGGGCAUAUGCUUACCUGGAGUGUUCUGCCAAGACAAAAGAAGGUGUUGAUACAGCCCUGGAGAUUAUUAGCCAAUGUGCCUUAAAUGAGAAAAGGAGGAGAAAGAGGCACUACAGGCGCUGCCGAAUUUUGUAAGAGGAGCGAACGUUGUUUUGUUGUUGUAUUUCAUGAUGCAGAAAGCACUUGCAGGCGGAAGACAUGAAGUAAAGGGAAUGCCAACAACCACGCUCGCAGCUUUGCAAGUCGCGAACAAUCUGGAAAGAGACUGAGACAUGCUGUCAACCUAAGGAGAAAAUCUCAAAGAGGCACAGAGAUGGACCAAAAUGGAAAGACUUUGGGUGCAUCUCCAUGCUCCUCCCCUCUCUAAAGCACUGAUUGCUGGCAGCCCAAGGAACUGAGUUAUGGACUGACAUGAAAGGCGCAAGUCUGGGAGCAGGCAAAUAAUGUGACUGCAGGAUUUGAAGGCACAUGCUGUAACACAGUAAGUGGGCAGAAAAAUGUUUUAAGGUGAACUCCUUCUGACCCUGAAGUAAAGAUACAGGGCUAAUUGAGCAUAACUGUCAUGAACUAGGAGAAUAUGGAAGUCUAUCACUUUCUUUUGCUGACUUCCUCGGUGGUGGUUUCAUCACUCUGGCAGCUUGGUUACAGUUUCCCUGGGGAAAACAAAACAAGACUAAACACAAAUUUCUAAACUGAUUAUGCCACCUGGAGCUGUACACUUAGCAAACUAGCUUUUCCAGGUGAGAGACCUAAUAAAACACACACUUAAGAUUUUUUUCUUACCCAUUCUUCCCACCAGUAUUUGUCUAUUGAUGGUAUCACUGGUAGAAAUACUGGGGUUGGCCAAGUAUUCAUUAUUGCAUUGUUCAUUAUUGCUGCUUUCCCUCUACAUCACUUUUUAGUAGCAAUUUUGAGGUCCACAGUCACACUAUGGCAUAAUAACAAAUGCUUCGAGGCUGACACUUUACAUUUCCAACAGUACCUUUCUUCCAAGAAUCUCUGAGGACUUUUCAACAUGAAUUACCAAUCCAUCUCUUGGUGAUAAGUAGGUGUUAUUUCCAUUUUCAAAACUGAGAAACUUAAACUGCUGCCUAAAGUAACUGUGAACCAUCUACUUCUUGCUGCUUUCCUUUUCUUAACUUGUUUUCCGUGACCUUUUCCUUUUCCCUCCCGGACCAUUCUUAACUUAAAUUUCCUCUCCUCUCAGUCCAUAAUAAUCCCCUCGACGCAAUCUGAUAUUGUACCCAAACUUUAAAACUCUUCUCCCCGUGGAACUUGGAUGUGAAUGUGUGCUGCGCGUAAGUGCUCUCCUCGUUCAGGUAAUAACAUACAUUAGUGCAUUUCAAAGAGCUGUAUUUAUGUAGAUAGGUUUGAAUUGUUAUUUCCAUUUUAUAUGUGUAUGUGUGGGUGGGGAGGGUUAGACUGCAGAUAAGUUCAAGAACACAGGUGUCUCAGGUGCCUCUGAUGUGGGGUGUUGGAUCGGAGGGAGGCAGUUUUGCAAAGAUGCUAAGCACCUAAUGCUCCCACUGCUUGGGAAGUUUAGACCACUUUGGCGAAUCUGAGCUUACACUGCCCCUUGCUUAGUAGGACGCUGCUCAGCGUAUCGACUGGUGUCUGUCUUCAGCCUAGAUAAACAAGUAUUUUCCUCCAGAAGGGUGCUUUGUUCCAGAUAAGGGUAAAUGGUUUCAUUCCCAGAAUUCACUAUACGUACGUCUGAAACAAACUGUUGUUACACUCAUCUUGGUUUCUAUUUCUUGACG